AUGAAUGAACAAGUUAUCGAGUACCGACGAUUUCUUGAACGUUGGCAGAAAAACGACGACCGAGUAGUUUCGAAUAAUUCUGUGGAUUCCUUUCUUUUUGAUUUACCCCGCGCCUUUUCCUCCCCGAUAAAGCAGAGUUUCCGCCCACAUGAGAUUGUCCCUGGUCUUUACCUUGGCGCCCUGCAUGACGUGCAGCCUCUCCAAACUCUUCACCGCCGCAUCGUCGACGAAUCGCGUCGGAGGGCGAAAAAUAACUCCAGCGAUGACGGCAAUUUGGCAAAUCGGAAAGAUCCCUUAAAAAAAAAGCCGCACCAACGCGGUGGGGGAAGCCCCUGGAUGAAAAGAGGGAGGGGCGUUCUUUACGGGAGAGAUUUCUUUCGUCUUCUCGGUCGUUUGAUUCUGAUAGUUUGCAGAAGCCCCCGCGGGACUCUCACGAGCUUUAUUUGUUAA